CCUCCGCGCUGACUAGCGUUGACGCAGAAAAAGACUCUCAGGGGGUUAUCCACGAAGGAGCUCCUUAAAAAAUUGAUGGAAGAAGGCAUUGAUGUGUCAGACGACGAGGCGCAAAGGUUUAGAGGUACCCAACCCACUCAGACUACACCCAGGUCAUCAAAGCAUUAUGACACCUGGCACAGCCAACUCAAGAGAAAGUUCAAAGCAGAACGGGCUCCCCUAAUCAGCAACGAAGAAGUGAACCGGGUUAAAGAAAAGUUUGGACGCACGCAGAAACAUCGGACCACAGAGGAAUCCAGCAGCUCCUGUCUGAAGAGACUGAAGCCCUCUCUCGAUUCGUGCUUUGUGGGGGAAGAUGCAGCCUCCGUUGAUGCUCAUAUCAAGGUGCUAAAUGAUCAGCACAAGAAGCUACAUCCUGACACAGCACCGGUGAAAGACCGCAUGACAAAAACCUUUGCAUGGAGACGUCGAGAGGUAACUGAAGGAAUGUGUACUGUGGACCUAUUAAAGAGAUAUCCAUUCCUGGGGACAUCUGCAGGGUUGUGUGAUGAGGUUGAUUUAAUGCAUCCCUGCCAAGACAACAUCUGUCGCCGCUUUAACGAAAACUUCACUGCUGUUCUUCAAAAUGUUCUUCAAAUGACCAAGGAUUUGCCACUGAAGAAGGUCUACAUGGAGGCAAGAGAGAAUGCACUGGCUGAAGACAUUACAGGUGCUAUAUUGACCUCAUACAAAUAGUAAAUUUUGUGACAUUUCAUUUGCUCUCAGUGCUGGGAGUUUUCUUCAGAUAGGUUGCUUGUUGACUUUGAACAUUCACUCAGCACAAGUGUCAGUGUGCCAUUUUCAUCUCUGCCAGGUGACUUACAGAAUGCUCUGGAAAUGAACAAAAGUUUUACAGAUGUGCUUCAGCGUGUGUCUGCUAUAUCUGUCAGCAGUGUCAAAUAUGAACUUGAGGAUGUUUUUGUAGUUGGCCAUGUACACACUGAAGCCAUACCUAUAUUCUUUAAAAUCAAGUAUAUUUUGAAUGUUGAUACUUGUUGGGUAUUGUGUGAGAAACUGUUACUUCCUUGCACUUAUGAAUGUCAUUUCCAUGCUUACCAAGUGGCAGUUGACAAUGACUGGAUCCUGUUCAAUCCAGGAAAUGAAUUAGACUUUCAAGCUCUAGACACCUAUUUAGUUGAUGAUAGGCUGUUUGUGUCCUUGAGGUAUUCUGUGUGACGUGAUUGCAAGCACAUUUUCCACUUUGUCUAUAUAUAUGACAUAUAUAUAUUCUGGCUUGUUGAAGUAGAGCAAAACAUUUGUGGACAGUUUUUUAAAUACAUGCAUGCUCUGUGAUCCGUCAAAACAUUGUGUUCAGGUGUUUAAUGUCUUUAUGUGAUUGUUUACUUUUGUUAAAUGAAUGUAUUUUUCUUGACAUGUCCUAUGGCAAUAUACGAAUGUAAUCAAGGAUGUAUUCCUGUGGUUGUUUAAAUGCUUUGAUGUGAUUCUAUUAUUGAAAAUAAAUGGUUAAAUAACCAAAUAUU